UCAGUAUAUCGUAGUGUAGAUUUAUAUUUGUGCCGUAAUCAAGUCAACGUAAAAUCGAAACAGUUAUUACUUGUUUUUUGAAGCCUUUUUACUAUAUGUUUGAAAAGAAAAUUGUGUGAAGCCUCACACUGAAAGAUAAAGUAUAGAACACUAAAUAAUGACUGGAGACAUCACCAUCAACUUUCAAAAUAAUUAUCAAAAAUAUAUUUCCUCUUGAAAAUUGUUGAUAACCUUAGACUUUGAGUGGCCAAUAUUAUUCAUUAAAUUAUACUAUUAAUAUUAAAUUUGGAACUUAGUCAAGAAUAAUUCAAAGUGUUCACUUUUCGUGGCGAUGACUCGGUUAGAAUACAACAGUUUAAUACCUUCUAGGUUUUUAAUUGUGUCAUCUCAUCUUCUGGUAUUACUCACUGUUUUUUGGUCAAGAGAAGAGAAUAUUAAAGCAUGCCUUGAAUUGUCUUAUUCUGAUGAAAAUUACAAGAGAAAAGAUACUGAGUUUUUAGUUGGAGUUUCCUUAGCUCUGAUCUUCCUUCUGACUGAAAUAAUUGGAUUUUUUGGAGGAAUGUCAACAUAUUGCCAAAGCCAAGCAUUAUUCUCUAUAGUGACGCACUCGCUAGGCACCAUUGCCAUGUCAUAUUUUAUCGCAGAUUCAUGGGAUUGUGACUUGUUUUGGUGGAUCUUUUGUUUUUCCAGUGUCAUGCCAGGAAUUACAGAAAUUGUUAUCAUUAUGCAGGUUCUUGGGAUGAAUAAAUAUACAUGAAAAAAACUUUGGAAUUAAAAACAAUCAACAGAUCGGUAUGACUUUUUUUUAUAUUUUCACGUUAAACCUUUCAGUAAUAAACCACUAGUAACAGACUAUAUAACGGAGUGAAAACUAUGCUACAACUGUGGUAUGGUUUAAAGAUAAAAGACAGAUAUAUCUUCUUGUGGAGUAGUGAUGUCAAACAACUUGGAUGUAUAUUAUUUAUUCAACAAUAAACAGAUCCGAGAGACGGCAGUAAAGUGAAAGUAAACAGCUCAGCACUGCGACCAAGUUAUGAUAAAAAUAAUUUAUGUAAUACAUUAUUGUAAAGCUGGAAUAAAACAGUAUUUUUUUAUAAAGCAAAUUUUCAAGUUUAAUUGCACCAGAAACUUGAUUUACCUACAUCUAGUGUAUCGCAGCUUGCUGAAUGAAGUCUGAUGGCACUAUUGUACUGAGAUACCUGGUUGUUUGUAAGUUUAAAGUUACAGUUUUCAUAUUAAUUUGAAAACUAGUGUUGCUGUGAUUCCAUUUAUUUACAACAUACACUUAGAUAUUUUUUGUAUAUUUCAUCGUUAACUUAUCUGUGUUCCUUUAUUUUCCUCUUCACGGAUAACACACAGUAAUAGUCAACAUUAAAUACUUGCAUUUCCAAGAUUUCCGUGCGUAAUUUUCUGAUUUUACACCUUUAUUUCUGUUCCCAAUCUUUCUUCUCAAAUUUCACCACUCAUGUUUUAGCUUCAAAAACAUUAUGGAAAUAAAAAGGUAGUGCCACCUCGUGGCGUAGUGGUAGACAUUUCAUUGUAGACAUCGCUCCCUUUUGUGGUAUAGUGGUAGACAUUUCACUGUAGAUAUCGCCACCUUUUUGUGGCAUGGUGGUAGACAUUUCAUCGCAGACAUCGCCCACUUUUGUGGUAUAGUGGUAGACAUUUCACUGUAGACAUCACCACCUUUUUGUGGCAUGGUGGUAGACAUUUCAUCGCAGACAUCGCCCACUUUUGUGGUAUAGUGGUAGACAUUUCACUGCAGACAUUGCCACCUUUUGUGCCAUGGUGGUAGACAUUUCACUGCAGACAUUGCCACCUUUUGUGGUAUAGUGGUAGACAUUUCACCACAGACAUCGCCACCUUUUGUGGCAUUGUGGUAGACAUUUCAUUGCAGACAUCACCACCUUUUGUGGUAUAGUGGUAGACAUUUCACCACAGACAUUGCCACC